CGCCGAGCUCCGCUCUCUCCCCUCUCUUCCUCACUCUCUACCCAAACACCGUGCCGGACGCAAUUCGGUGGUCUCGGCUGAUUCCAACCAGAAUUGAGACCAUGCAGACGUCCCGGGCCGUCAAUUCCGCCAUGGGGUCGAGGGCAUUCGUCCCCACCCCCCGGGUCCAAUUCCAGAUGCAGCGCCGGAAUCUCCAGGAUGUCGCGAUCACUCGGACCGGAAAGCCUCUUCUGAAGAUCCAGGGUGGACGCUCCUCUCUGGGAGGUCACACCGCGACCGUCUUCGGUGCCACUGGUUUCCUCGGUCGCUACAUCGUCAACAGACUCGCUACGCAGGGAUGCACCGUUGUCGUGCCCUACCGUGAGGAGAUGACGAAGAGACACUUGAAGGUCACCGGUGAUCUUGGCCGGGUCAACUUCAUUGAAUACGACUUGCGCAACACCCAGUCCAUCGAGGAGGCUGUGCGCCACUCCGACGUUGUCUACAACCUUGUCGGUCGUCAAUACCCUACCAAGAACUUCACCUACACCGACGUUCACGUUGACGGCACGGAGCGCAUCGUCGAGGCGGUCGCCAAGUACGACGUUGACCGUUUCAUCCACGUCUCUUCUUACAACGCCAAGCGGGACUCUCCCUCCGAGUACUUCUCGACCAAGGCCUGGGGUGAGGAAGUGGUUCGCUCCAUCUACCCCGAGACCACCAUUGUCCGUCCCGCGCCCAUGUUCGGUUUCGAGGACAACCUCCUCCACAAGCUCGCCCGGGUGUCCAACCUCUUCACGUCCAACCACAUGCAGGAGCGCUACUGGCCCGUCCACGCCCCCGACGUCGGUGCCGCCCUGGAGCGCAUGCUGCACGACGAGACCACCGUCGGUCAGACCUACGAACUGUACGGCCCCAAGAACUACUCGACGGCCGAGAUUGCCGAGCUGGUGGACAAGGAAAUCGUCAAGCACCGCCGCCACGUGAACAUCCCCAAGCGGCUCCUCAAGCCGAUGGCGCACUACCUGAACAAGUUCCUGUGGUGGCCCACCAUCUCCCCCGACGAGGUGGAGCGCGAGUUCAUGGACCAGGUGAUCGACCCGACGGCCAAGACGUUCAAGGACCUGGACAUUGAGCCCGCCGAGCUCAGCAACCUGACCUUCCACUACCUGCUGGGAUACCGCAGCGCCUCCUACUACGACCUGCCCCCGGCCACGGAGCGGGAGAGACGGGAGGAGAAGAAGUACCUGCACGUUCUCGACGACCAGUAGUCUUGUUUUUUUAGUGUACAUACCUUAGACCCAUUGAUUCGUUUGUUCGACU